UAUUGACUUAACACCAAAUACACCUAACACAACCAAAUAUGCUUCACUGAACCACGAAAGAGACUUAUCUAUUUAUGUUUUACCUUCUUUUCUUUUCUUAUAAUCCUUGUUGAAGUUGACCACUUACCUUACUUUUCUGUCUUCUUCUCCAUCUUUCUCUUUUUUUUUUCUUUCUCAAAAAUAUUAUUUGGUUUUAAUUACAUUCUUCUUCUUCUCAAUUCAUACCCUUUUAAUCACAACUUAAUGAGGAUGAAGCACAGGAAACUCUUCCCCAACGGUACCGAUUGUACGGAGUUCUGUGACCCUUUCUUGGGCUUUUACUACACACAACCACCGCCACCUCCGCCACCCCCGUUACCGUCAUCUCUCUCCGUUACCAAUCAAAAUGACGGGAGCCACGACAUCUCUCCCUCCGUCAUCGUCUUGGUCACGUUGUUCGCCAGUUUAUUGCUUCUGGUGGGAUACUACGUCGUCGUUUCGAAGUCCUGUCUGGGUUUAUGCCGGGCGAGGAACAACAACGAGGACGAGGAGGCGCUUCCGCCGCAGUCUCAAUCGGACGGCAGAGAGGAAGAGUUUAUCGACGGGAAUCACCACCAUCAUGUGGACCAUCCGAUUUGGUUCAUCACCACCGUUGGUCUCCAACAGUCGAUUAUUAACUCCAUUACGGUUUGCAGUUACAAAAAAGGAGAAGGGUUGAUCGAAGGGACCGAUUGUUCGGUUUGCCUGAACGAGUUUCGAGAAGACGAAACGCUUCGCCUUCUUCCCAAGUGUAGUCACGCUUUUCAUAUACCUUGUAUUGACACCUGGUUGAGAUCUCACACCAAUUGCCCUCUUUGCCGGGCACACAUCGUCAGUGACGGUCUCUGUUCCACCAUGGCUGCGCCGGGGACCCAGCCAGCUCCGGCGAACCAAAAUGAGGACACUUCGUCUAAUAUCGAAGAGACCCAGAUGGGAAAUUCUGAUGUUAAUACUCAGAUGAGUGAGAAUCGGCUCAGAGAUGGGGUAGAGGAUCAUGAUGAUCAUGUUGAUGAUGAUAACGAAGGUGAUUGCGAUGAUCAUCAAUCAAAGGAGGUGAGUAGUUUAAAUGAGUCUUAUGGGGUUUCCGUUUUGGAAGUGCUUCGUGAGCAAAACGACAAUCCAGUGGAAAACGGCGAACGGCGACUAGUUAAAAGGUCUGUUUCGAUGGAUUCUUCAUUGGUUGGUAUGAAAAAUAUUUGUGAUUUAGAAAGCCGAUUUCUUGCUGAAAAUUUUGAAAGAUCAGAUUGUGCUCAGCAGAAACAAGAUGAUGAUGAUGAUGAUGGUUAUUCGAGUAUGAUUAACAAUGGAUUACUAAAACGACAUCCUUCAAUGUCGCAUUGUCUACGUAUAAGCCCUGUUGCCAUGAAAAGAUCAUUCUCUUGUGGAGGAAGGUUUUUGCCUUCUAGACGAAACCAGAGACCAAACUCGAUUCUUCCACUGUAAAGUUUUUUCUGUCUGUUUUUUUUUUUUGGGAUAUAUAUAUAUGUAUAUGUAUAUAUGUAUAUGAUAUAUAGUAUGAUCUGUCUCGCCAUGUGAUGUAUUCCCAGCAAGUUGAAGAGUUUAAACAGAAAAUUUUGAGUUCUAAAUGGCCUAAUCUUCGGCACAAGUAAAGAAAAUUACAACUACUUUCUGUAUAAAGUAAUGAUAUAUUCAAUUCAAAGUGCAUGAAUUAAUUCAUGGUACUUUUUUCAAUAACCAAAACAAGACAGAAGUUCUUUUCCAAUUUA